AUGAAGGUCCCCCUAACAAUGUUAUCUCAGGAGAUUCAUCGAAACCAACUUUCUCUUCGUAUCAUCCAGAGUGGACUGCAAUUUCGACCUCGCCUGCGUCUUAGCAACACCCUAAACCGGAGUCGAACCAUGACAAUGCAGCGUAAACUCUUGAGCCUGUCCCAUUCUGAGGAGUGGUUUCCUGCUGCGUCAUGCUUCGUCUCCUCACGAGUCGGUAAAGGUAAAGGAUCCACGCUGGGCGCUUCUGCCCGAUUGAAUUGUGAAUGGAAUAGAUCUGCUUCAUGCCGAUCACGACGAGGCUGUCGAGGUGUUGAAGAAUGCCGGCCAGCGAGUCCUUAUCGUUUUGCACAGAUACCUGGGCCCAAGCCCAGCCUCCUCUACCGCUGGGCCCGGUUGACGCUCGGCUUGUCCUGUCUCCUAAUCCGCACAACUUUGCCCCGGGGUAGCGUGGUAGGGUGCUGA